AUGCCACAUUGCGCCCAUACUUUUCAUAUGCUUUUGUUGGGAUUUCUUCAUGCAUACUGCAUAAGAUACAAUUUCCGACCCUGUAGAUAUAAAGGAGAUCUCAAAACUAGUCUCGCUUAUCAUUUUGGAAAAUUGAUGUUCGUGGAGAAUUCGGAUCUUUAUUUUUCAUUUGGAAACAGCAUCUACGUGAAUAGCCUUUGUGAAUCCAGACAAUCUCAUGAGGUCCUACAAUGGAAAAACCCCUAUCCUGCAUUCAAAAUCACAUCAGCUUUUUAUAUUCCUUCAAAGACAUCCUCAUCGAUUACAUCGGAAAAUUGUAUUGGCAAUCAAAUGGAUAUUUAUUUUGUUUGUGGAGUUAAUCAGAUUCGUCAGUACCCUUUACCUCAAUCAAACACGCUUUACUUUGAAGAAUUAGGUAUAUUAUGCAGCUUUUGGAAGCGAGAAAUGUCAAACAAAUGGACCUUACUCGAUAAAGUACCAUUUAAUAAGCAAACUAUACAUCCUGGUUUAAUUGCAGCCUCUCACUUAGCAUCAUAUUCUAACUAUCUGUAUUCGACAAAUGUUGAGACAGGCUACAGUUUGGUUGUUGCAAACCCUCAACACAAAACUACUUCUCAGCUUUCUGGGCCUCAUAUUUACGGAUUUGGUCCUAAAUGUCAGUUAUAUAGUGCCUAUAAAACGACUGCACAUGAAUAUCAAUAUCAAAAACAGGAGAAUUACUUCUAUUUUACUUCAAAACAAUCAAAAUCUAGUGAAAAGAACAGUUUUUCUGAAGGUUGGCGAUCAAAUUCGUACUCAAAAUUAUGGUUUGGAGAAAAUGUACAGUUUCUUUUAGUUACCAACGUGGAAUCCAAGCAUUUCUACAUAAUAUUCACUGAACAAGAUAUUAGUGCACCCUAUACUGCAUACGAGGGAUCUCUUUCUAAAAUAGCCAGCACCAUAACGAGGAUAGGCCGAGUAUGUGAACAUGAUCCAGGCUUAAGAAUAUCAGCAUCCAUUUUACCUAAUGGUGGUGGUGUGUUUACGACUUUUCGGAAGACCAGACUUGCUUGUCGAGUAUAUUCAUGUGUACAUAACUCUAAAUCACAGAGAAAUCAUUGUUUUCGUAAUCAAUUUAACAAUAAACAGCACCUACAGGACAAUAAGAAUGAACAGGUAACUUCAAGUGUAAAGAACUACUUAGAAUUCAGCCAAGCUGUUGCCGUGAGUGAAAUUGUUCCAACAGUGGACAAAUCAGAUAACGUCUUUUAUGCAUUAAUGACUACAGUUGACUCAAUUUCACAGACGUAUGCAUUAUGUGCAUUCAAUUUAAAAAGUGUUGAUCAAAGUUUAGAUAUUGAUCAUUUAAUAAGACUGAAACAAACGACUAAAACCCACAGUGGGUUAUCACGUACAGUAUGGAGAGAAGAGAACGAGACACACUCAAAUUUAUUCACAUCAAAGUGGACAGUUGAUGUUGUUCCACCAUCUAAAAUGACGGAGAGCAUCAUGAAAGCUUCUAAAACAUGUCCAUCUCAACCAUUACCUGAUUACUAUUCACAAUUCGCAACAUUACAUCCAUUAGUUGGUACAAGUGUCUUGGCUUUAAAUACCAUAGAAACAUUUGAAAAUCAAACAACUAACCAAAAUGAUGACAGAAACUUUCAACAACCUGGACAAGCAUUGGAAAUAUUUACUCUUAGUGACGUUGAAGAAAAAGAAUUACAUGAAUCACCAAUAAGCUUAACAAUACAGUGGGAUAAUUUAAAUACCAGUGACAGUAGUGAUAUUAUUUAUAUUGUGACAAAUAAAAGAACAAUCUUAACAGUGGAGACUGGUGUCAGUCUGAAGAAGCAGAUCUCAAUGGCUGAAGGAAAUUUGCAUCAUGCAAAUGUAAAAACUUACUUUAUAAAAAAGAGCAUCAAUCAAAAGUUCCGAAUUAUGGACCGAUUCAAAAUUGUUGACAAUGAUUAUUCAGUCGUUUCAAUUCAUAAAUGCACUACGAGCGAACGGUUAUCUGUUAACAUGGGAAGCAUUCAGCAUUCAGCCUUUCGGUCGAAACAUUUCGUCGAUAAUGUGCACUACAAGAUGCUCAAUUUUCAUCCGAACAAGAAUAUUUGUGAAACUUACAGAUCAUGCAGAAAAUGUCAGUCAUUCAAUGAUCACUCAUGUGAAUUAAAUGUCACAUUAAAUAGCUGUUUACUACGUCACUCCUCAUAUUCUUAUCUAAAUACAAUGGAUCCAAAUUUAUAUCACUUUUGUACUGAUGAACUCUUAACUAAUCAACCAAAACAGAAUUCACUCAGUCAUAUAAUAAAUAAAUCUUACAGUCAUAGUAAUAUUUCUUCAGAAAGGCGAAUUGAUAAAAUGAAAUCAUUCAAUGAUGAGUUGAAGUCAAUAAUAACCAAUCAGUCAAUACCAUCACUGAUAAAUACAAAACUAAGCAAUCAAGAUAACCAAGUAUAA